AUGAUUCAAGAUGGAUUGAAAAUAAAUCAUCGUGUUGGACAGUGUUUUGUUCGCAAUGUCUUCAUCUUCUUCGUUGUGGAUAAUGCUGUUGGUUAUUCUUUACGUAAAUCACAAUCAUGUGAUGAUAUUGUAAUAGAUGAUGACAAGGUACUUGUUGAUAUAGAUGGUAUUGUAAUUGGUUCAGCAGUCGAUGGUGCGCAACUUGAUGAUAAUAUGGAUGUUAAAAAUGAUGAUGAUGCCUAA